AUGUCUUCAACGCUCUUUUUCCUCCUCGCCCUCACCGCUCUCAUCCCGCAAGCCUUCCCUAUCAGCAUACCCGCAAAUCCUGCGGUGGGCUUGACAAACAUCAUCAGCGUCGACACCCCUGGUGACAACCCUCUGCCACCCUCACCACCAGGCUGGUACAACAUCCCCGGAACAUCCCUCUCCAUCAUUCUCACCGGCCCCUUCGGCACCUUCAUCCGCUCCCCCGCCGACGCCGCCGACUGCCUCGCCGCCGCCCAAACCGCCCUCGCCGCCACCAUCGCCGCCGUCGGCGACAUCCCCAUCCCCCACCCCGACUGGCACUUCUCGAGCCACAACGUCCAGCUCAUCGCCUCCGCCCCCUUCCCCACCCUCGGCACCUACGGCCAACUCUCCUCCGCCCUGCGGGGCCUGCUCUACCUGAUCACGCGGGCCGGGGGCCCGGGCGCGAGGCAGCUCGGUUGGGUCCUGAGCGACGGCGCGCAGGGGCUCGGCAUCGUGAUGAGGGGGUCGAUGGCGCCGCGGACGAUUACGAUUGUUGGGGCGGCGCCGGCGGGUCCGACGGCGGGGGGCGCGAUGGGUGGGGGCACCGGGGCGAGUGUGGCCGCGAUGGCGACGGCGACGGCGACGCAGAGUGUGAGUAUUGUGGGGGUUAAGGAGCUGGAUGGUCGUUGA